CGCCUUUCAUAACUCAUAACGAAAGUUUUGUUUUCUAGGCUGAUUUUCAUGCGAGGCUCCAGGUAUUGAGCAUUCCUUGAUCAAACAUCUAGAGAUGGAGCCUCUGGUCGUUGAAGAAACACUGCCCAACCCAGCCAAACGUCGUCGAAAAGAUGUUGAAAAGACGAGAUUGUCAGACAUCCAAUCAAUAUUGAAAACAGAUGCAGCUUUCAAACAUUUGAAGACAAGUAAGGCAGAGGCUUCUGCAGGAGGGGAACCUGAAACAUCAGAGGCAAGAAAGACACCUAAAGGUGACUUCAACAUUCACAUUGAAAGACCUCAAGCUGCUGACUUCCAGACUCUGCUUGCCUCUUUUGACCUCAAAAGAGCACCUACUUCUGCUACUCACAAAUCAGGUAAUCAGCUAGACCUUAUUUACACUCGACAUUGCUUCGCUGAUCAAACACUAGUAACUCCACUACAAACAUCGGAUCAUUUCCUUCUGUCUCUCAACAUCCACAUUUCUCCUGAGCCGCCACACACUCCAACUCUAGUUGCCUUUCGCAGAAACCUACGCUCUCUCUUACCCAACAGAUUAUCCACCAUUGUUUCAGACUCUCUUCCUCCAUCUUGCAAACUCUCUGCACUUGAUACGAACAGGGCCACUGAUACACUCUGCUCCACACUAGCAUCAUGUCUAGACAGACUAUGUCCUCUUACAUCCAGGCCAGCCCGUGCCAGUCCUUCUGCACCCUGGCUCUCUGAUGUUCUCCGUGAGUAUCGCUCAAAACUUCGGGCUGCAGAGAGAAUUUGGCGAAAAACUAACAAUCCUGAACAGCUCAUAACAUACCAAACUCUUCUGUCCUCUUUCUCGGCUGAGGUUACUUCUGCAAAGCAGACAUACUUCCGUCAGAAAUUCAACAGUGCCACCAAUCCUCGCUUACUUUUUAAAACAUUUUCCUCCCUCCUCUAUCCUCCUCCUCCACCCGCAUCCUCCACACUCACUACUGAUGACUUUGCUACAUUCUUUUGCACCAAAACUGCAAAAAACAGUGCUCAAUUUGCUGCACCUACAACAAACACGCAAGAUACACCACCAACACCACACACACUCACCUCUUUUUCCCAGCUCUCUGAGUCUGAGGUGUCCAAUCUGGUGCUAUCUAGCCAUGCAACCACCUGUCCGCUUGAUCCCAUUCCCUCUCAUCUCCUGCAAGCCAUUUCUCCUGCAGUCAUACCAACACUGACUCACAUAAUUAACACAUCUCUUGACUCUGGUUUAUUCCCUACUUCAUUUAAGCAGGCUAGGGUAACCCCACUGCUAAAGAAACCCAACCUGGAUCAAACGCUACUUGAAAACUACCGACCGGUAUCCCUGCUUCCAUUCAUGGCCAAGAUUUUGGAGAAAGUAGUGUUCAAUCAAGUCCUGGACUUUCUUACUGAAAACAACCUCGUGGACAACACGCAAUCUGGCUUUAUGAAAGGCCACUCAACUGAGACUGCCCUGCUCUCGGUCGUGGAGGAUCUCAGACUGGCUAAAGCAGACUCUAAAUCAUCUGUCCUCAUCUUGCUGGAUUUAUCAGCUGCUUUUGACACUGUAAACCACCAGAUCCUGCUAUCUACGCUUGAGUCACUGGGCGUUGCAGGCACUGUAAUUCAAUGGUUCAGAUCUUACCUCUCUGACAGGUCAUUCAGGGUGUCUUGGAGGGGAGAGGUGUCCAACCUACAGCAUCUGAACACUGGGGUACCUCAGGGCUCUGUUCUUGGGCCACUUCUCUUCUCCAUCUACACGACAUCUUUAGGACCAGUCAUCCAGAAACAUGGAUUUUCCUACCACUGCUAUGGUGAUGAUACCCAGCUAUACCUCUCUUUUCACCCUGAUGAUCCCUCGGUUUCAGCUCACAUCUCAGCCUGCCUGUCAGACAUUUCACACUGGAUGAAAGAUCAUCAUCUUCAGCUUAACCACGCGAAAACGGAAAUGCUUGAAGUUUCUGCCAACCCAACUCUACACCAUAACUUUUCAAUCUAGAUGGAUGGGGCAACCAUUACUGCAUCCAAAAUGGUAAAAAGCCUUUAAGUAACGAUUGAUGACCAACUAAACUUCUCUGACCACAUUUCUAGAACUGCUCGAUCUUGCAGAUUCGCACUCUAUAACAUCAGAAAGGUCCGACCCUUCCUAUCUGAACAUGCAGCUCAACUCAUUGUUCAAGCUCUUGGUCUCUCCAAACUGGAUUAUUGCAACUCUCUACUAGCCGGGCUUAAUUCUAUCAAACCUCUUCAGCUGCUUCAGAACGCAGCAGCACGAGUGGUCUUUGAUGAAACCAAAAGAGCACAUGUCACUCCGCUACUCACCCGUUUGCACUGGCUGCCAGUUGCUGCUCGCAUCAAAUUCAAAGCUCUGAUGUUUGCUUACAAAGCAACCUCUGGCUUUGCUCCUUCUUAUAUGCUCUCACUUCUGCAGAUUUAUGUGCCCUCCAGAAACUUGCGUUCUGUGAAUGAAUGUCGCCUCGUGGUUCCAUCCCUAAGGGCAAAGAAAUCACUUUCCCGAAUUCUCGCAUUCAAUCUGCCCAGUUGGUGGAAUUAACUCCCUAACUACAUCAGAACAACAGAGUCACUUGCUGUCUUCAAGAAAUGACUAAAAACUCAACCAUUUAGUCUCCACUUUCCUUCCUAAUCUUAACUGCCUCUCUGGCUA